AUGAAUUCCCUUUGUUUACGGACUUCAUUACUUAUAAGACCUACAACACUCCGAUCUGUGUUUUGCAGACACUCACCAGCUCAGUUACUAUCUUAUAGAUUUCUUUCAACAACCCAUUGUCUACGGACAACUCCUCCAUCUAAAAAGACAAUCACUAAGAAUAAUGAAUCCCAAAUUUCUUCAGAUGUCUUCACUAUACCGAAUGUCAUUACGAUGUCACGAAUUGCAACAACGCCCCUUGUAGGCUAUUUCAUUCUUUCCAACAAUCUGAUCCCUGCAAUGGGACUCUUUGCAUACUCAUGUAUAACAGAUUUUCUUGACGGAUACAUUGCCAGAAAAUAUUAUUUGAAAUCUGUUGCUGGAUCCAUAUUGGAUCCUAUUGCCGAUAAAUUAUUGAUGAUAACGACAACCAUCGCACUAUCACUUCCACCGGGACCACAAUUGGUGCCACCUUUGAUUGCUACUUUAAUCCUGGGUAGGGAUGUACUGUUGGGAAUCAGUGGUGUUGUCAUAAGAUACGUAUCGAUGUGCAAGAAAUACACUAAAGAGAAAGUGACUUGGAGUUCCUAUUGGAAUUUUUUCAAAUAUCCAACUGUAUUAGUGACACCAACUAGAAUUUCCAAAUGGAACACUUUCUUACAAAUGAUUUAUUUGGGAUUGGGUGUUGGUAUUCUGUUAAUGGAACCGUAUAAGAAAACCGGGAAAUCACAUGAUGGAUGGACUACAUUAAAGGAACAAGCACGUAGAGCGUUUAACUUUAUGGGUUAUGUGGUCACUGUGACAACAAUAUGGAGUGGUACAUCAUAUUUAUUUGGUAAGAAUGCCAUAACAUUGAUCCUAAAAUAA